AUGAGUGGUCAUGUAAGGAAUGCACAAUUGGAAGUUUCCAUUGUUUGGCAGUUCCGCAGCAUCAAAGUAAGUGUAUCUUCUAACGGUCAGUUAGACAAGAUAAGGGACAGUUUUGAAACAAAACAUUUGGAGGCCUACUUCUGCAUUACCUUGUGCACCGGACAUAGUACCGCGGCGUUGACGAAAUUUUGGCUUCACAAUCCACAAGCCUGGCAACCCGGUUUGGUGGACAUGAUCGAUCGUACUCUCAAUCAGGAAGCGAUCGCGGCUCACAACCGCUAUCGCGCGGCACACGGUUCCCCCAACUUGGUGUAUGAUGAAUCGUUGGCACGAAGCGCCCAACGGUGGGCUCAGGAAAUUGCAAAGCGCAAUCGGCUACAACACAGUGAGGCCCGAAAUUGUGGCGAAAACCUGGGCUUCAAGUGGUGCAGCGCAGAAUGCUCACUCUCAGGUGAUCAAGUGACUAAAAUGUGGUAUGAUGAAAUUAAGGAUCAUGAUUACAACAAAGAAUUUCAACCAAAAUCAGGUCAUUUCACCCAGGUGAUCUGGAAGGGAACCACUAAAGCUGGGUUUGGCAGCGCCAGGUCUUCGGAUGGCAAAUCCAUCUACGUAGUCGGACAUUAUCUCCCCGCGGGCAACGUUGUCGGACAAUUCAAAGAGAACGUCCCUCGUCCCAUCAAAUCUAUCGAGCCUUGUUCUUCUGGUGACGCUACCGCCAACAUAGCGGACGGGAGGAUCAGGCGACGUAUUGAACCCAUCUAUCCAGCGGAUGACUCACAACCACCUGCCGCGUUUCCUCCCAGUUCCACUAUUCACGCUACAAUUGUCCCACUCAGAGUCUCUGAUAGGUUUCCAGUCAACGGUCGCACGUCAUUAGAUGGAUCCAAUGUGGUCAUCUCCUUUCUUACCAGAGUUCGAGAUUUCUUCCUUGAUAUAUUCGGCUCCUCAAUUCAUUUGACUGCGGGCAAAAGUGACACUCGAGAGUACAACCUUUCCGCUAUCGACCUAUGUCCUCGCCAUCUUUCCGCCAUCGGUGCCUUACUCUCGUACGGACUACUCAGCCACCCUGACACCACGAGUUCACCGGAUCUCAUGAUUACUUUGUCCGAACGGCAGCUCCGUGGAUUGCGAUCUCUCGACCAGUGCUUUCAUUUGCUUGACCAGAAGACUCACGUAUUCAACUCAGACCAUUUGAAUCCACAGUUGGCAGUCCACCAUCGCGUCUUAGUGUUACCAAAAAAUGCCGACGAUCCAGUGAUGGCAAAUUGUAACGCAGCCACACAGUUACUAAACAUGGUAUUCGCCCCAAACAAUGACUCGUCUUCCCACCGAAACAGCCAAGAAACUGCGAAGUACAACAUUCUCCAGCUCUUUCUGGCAUACCAAUAUCGCAUUCAGUUACACCGAACCCUUUCUAAUGCCAGUUAUCAUCGGGCGCCUAUCUCCCCCACAGAGCAUGUGCUGUACCCAUGGUGGAUCUCCGGUGGCGGUCGAGAGCUUGUCCCGCACAUUCAGUCCACGUGUCCCAAAUUGCCAGACUUUCUCUCACAUCUAAUGCACCUCCCCACUGUGGAUCCGCCUGUGUCGCCUACUCCGGGUUCCACUCGCUGCUCGAACACAUCAUCCACUAUUGUUCCGCGCGAGCCCGUCGCUUCGCAUCAGCGUUCAUCCAACACCGUGAUGCGAGAGCAAAUUGUUGUCCCCGCAGCACUUGCUGGUUCCCGUAAAGAUACUGCACUCAUGCGGUUAACCAAUCGCGUUCGCUUACUCGAGCGCAACGUGUCCGUCAGCAUGAGAUACCUCGAAGAGCUGAGUCAGAGUUACAAGCGCCAAAUGGAGCGCCUAUCACGUUCAUUUAAUCUAACCACUGCCUGGUUAAAAGCCACCGCCCAAGGUGCCGAGGAACGUGAUCAAGCACAGCAAACUCGAAUAUCUGUUCUCGAGCAACGACUAGACGAGUUGUUGUCGCAAUUCCGUUCUGCUUCAAUCGAAUUUCAAGACUCCAACAGCUCUGCUACAUCUGAUUCGAAACGGGAGCGCGAUCUGACUCUCGAGCUGGAAGAGGUAUCAGCCCCUCCAGCUCUCAACUUCGAUGCUCCACCGGACUGGAAUCCCGGUGCCUCCGUUUGGCCCCCUCUAUCUGACGAUUGGCUUGAGGAUGGGGUUGUUGAGACGGAAGAUGAUGACCCAAUCGAAUCGCAUCAACACCCGUCGGACUCGGACCGAUUUCGUCACAUUCGACCCUACCGUGCUGAAAGUGUCUUGCCUGCGAGUGACUGGUCCCCUCGUGAUUGCGAACCCCAAGUGGCCUCCGAUUGGAAAUCAGCAGUCCAACGUUGGUUCAUAGAACGUUUUGACAGCCUGUUAAAAUUCACUAACCUCUCUUGGCAGCUACUUCCUACAUCUUCACCGAACGUGUUUUGGAUUUUAUACAUGACCUUGCUUCAUCUUACUUUCGCGGCUGCCUCACAUGCGCUCGUCUAUCUCACUUGGCUCCGACCUCAAGGUCGAAAGCUCUCCUGUACCUUCGACUCCCUUUCAUUCGUCCACCAAACACCCCUCGCAUGGACGUGCUCACCUCACCAUCUCACAUUGUCUGGUCCGAGUUCCUACCGUGUCCCGAAUACGAAUUGUUUACAAGCUCACAACGUUACUGUGCUCCCUUCGAAUGGGGAUUAUGGCCUCGGUCUGUCGACCUUACCUGAGAACCACACAACUGAGCACCCCAAAUUUCGUCCACUCGCCGCCGCUUCUCUUACCAACUCGGGAUCAAAUUCUGUCGACACCAUUGGAUCAUCCAUACCCGUCGGUUCGGACACACACCAACUACCAGAUCUAGGUUCUCUACAGAAAGAACCCUUACACUCGGCAUUGCCCUUAAAUAAUGACGUACAAGUGCCACAUCCUGCAGCCAAUCGAUGCAGUGAUUGCUCCGAAACAUAUAUUCCACGGGUCCCUGUACCUAACGAGCCUUUGCAGAUACGUGUCGAUGACUCGUCCUCAUCCACUCCUUCGUCCAAAUGUGUUGCAUCGCUGGAUCAACCGUCUCCUCCAGUUUUGUCAAAACGCGCCCGAAAACGCCACAACAAACGAGCGAGAGCCAAUUGGAAUGCGCAAUAGACACGAUAAUUGUGACUAGCUCAGCUAAACUGCUGCGAUGCAGUUUUACAGACCAAUGUGCGCACAUAUCCAAUCCAUCUUGCAUUUAUGAAUCAUUUUUAUCCUGUUUUCUUUUUCUCCCUUUCCCACUCUCUGUGUAUUUGCGUGUGAACUUCGGAUGGGAUAUAUUCCUUGUCGAUGCGCCCCCUAGACGCUCCUCAUGCGCCGGUUAUAUGAGUCGAUCUAUGCUCGAUCUGAUGCAACGUGUUUUCACUCCUUCUUCACUCUCAGACGCUUUGCCGUGUUUUCGUGCAAGCGGUGUUUUCUCUAUCUCCUCCGUUUUGCCUAACCCUCCUAUUUUGUUUCAUCCUGUGACUUAUGAUUUUGAAUUGCUCUUCGCUCGUGAUCCAUUCCACCCACUGCUAGGGCACCGUGUACGUACCACCUCUCUCAGAUGGAAUUAUUUUUCUGGUUUCUUCUACAAUCGUUCAAGAUCUCCUGUCCAUUGGGUUCAUGUUCCGCUGCUUUUGAAUACAUGACCUGUUAUCACGGUUUCGAAUUAUUUUACUUCUACCACUUAGCGCAUUUUGUGUGGCCCAUCUUCG